AUGCCGCUAGAAAAACCUUCCUCUAGCCAUGUCGCCAACGCGGCUAACAUCUCUCUUCCCUUGUCACCAGUAUUCGAAUCUCAUGGAGAAGAAAGCUCCUUAGAAGAGGAUGAGCAGUUCGCCGAUGCGCUCGAAGAGCACACAAUGACAGAGCAGGCUGAUGAAAAGAAAGAAGAUUCAAAGAGAGACUCCAAGAUUGAGGAUGAUUUUGAGUCAAUUCCAAACUUUGACGAGAAUAAAGAGGAACCUGGCAUGGAAAACGAAGCGGUGAAUAUUGAGAAUUCACAAGCUGCAGAACCAUUGACUACGGCACUCGUCACCACCAACGCCACCGUAGAGAAGAACAAGACGUCACCUAUGUCUAAGGAAGUGGAGGAGGAUGACGAAAUUACCAAGCCUGAGUCUCUGAGCGCAUCGGCAUUAUUUUUGGUGGUUCUUGGGCUCUGUCUCGCCGUAUUGCUGGUGUCUCUAGAUAGGACCAUUAUCACGACGGCUAUUCCUGCAAUUACAAAUGAGUUCAAAUCUACCUCAGCCGUAGGCUGGUAUGGCUCAUCAUAUCUCGUUACGGCCUGUGCACUACAGCCGACAUACGGUAGAAUGUACACAUUGUUUAAUGUGAAAUGGACAUUUCUCCAUGCGGUUGCUCUUUUCGAACUGGGCAGCUUAAUCUGUGCGGUUGCCCCAAAUUCGACGACUCUUAUUAUAGGCAGAGCGAUUGCAGGCUGGGGUAGUGCAGGAAUUCUCACCGGUGGAUUUGUCGUAAUAGCAUUUGCUGUACCGUUAGAGAAGCGACCGAUCUAUACUGCAGCAAUUGGGGUGAUGUAUGGCGCUGGAGCUGCUGCCGGCCCCGUUCUCGGAGGGGUUUUUGCUGGAAUGGUGACCUGGCGGUGGUGUUUCUACUUUAAUCUCCCAGUGGGUAGUGUCACAUUGAUUGUCAUUGCCUUCUUUUUCAAACGAGGAAGCGCACCUCUUCAUAAAACAAGCUUUAUCCAGCGCAUGAGGCAGGUCGAUAUUCUCGGCAGUGCCCUAGUCCUAAUAUCUUUCACCAUGCUCUUCCUGGCCCUCGAGUACAACACACAGGGAUAUGAGUUGUCAAGUGCACUUGUAAUCGGUCUAUUUUGUGGUUUUGGGGUCACUCUUUUGAUUUUCGUUGCUUGGCAAUGGCAUCGUCAAGAACGGGCCCUUAUAGUGCCAAAUGUUCUUAUUCAACGAACGGUUGCUGCGGCAUGUCUUCUUGCAUUUUUUAUCUAUGCUGUUCUAAUACUACAUGGAUACUACUUGCCCAUUUGGUUUCAAGCCAUUCAAGGCACAUCUACGGAAAGUUCCGGUGUCAGUAUGCUAGCAUACGUUCUUCCGAACGCUAUAUUUGGUUUACUUACCGGUAUUUUCAUCACCAAAGUUGGGUACUUCGCUCCUCCGGCUAUCGUCGGCUGUGCCAUUACCGUUGCUGGGUCUGGACUGAUCAGUACUCUCCAACCCGCAACUGAUACAGUGAAAUGGGCCGGCUUUAUCUGCUUUGUAGCUGCUGGUGUCGGCAUGGCAAUUCAGCAAAGUUUUACUGCAGUGCAAAGUGUUCUUCGUCUGGAUCAAAUUCCCAUUGCAACGGCAGCAGUCACCUGCUUCCAAAGCCUUGGCGGAGCAGUUUUUAUCUCAAUUGGCAAUAGCAUUCUCGCGAACGAGCUUCGCAGUGCGAGCCAAGCCAACGAGCUACCAGGGGUAGAUAUUGGAAUUGUCUUAUCGGCCGGAGCUACACAAUUCCGCUCCACCGUCCCUGCAGACUCUCUCCCAGCGAUGAUAGAUGUCUACAACAUAGCUUUACAAAAAGUAUUCACUGCAGCAAUCCCCCUCGCCGGUAUUGCAUUUGCAUCGACGCUUCUCAUGGAAUGGCGUAAUGUGCGAAUUCCAUCUCAUGGCAACUCGGCAACAAGUCUAGAAGCAGCAAACGAAGUCCCAGUUCUGCCCGAUGUCGAUGUUGAGACAAGAAUAUCACCCAUCACUACAAGACUCGCGCACGGCCCAAAUUCAGGCGGUAACAGUAGUCGCGGGAGUAGUCGGGGGACUGGCUGA